AUGGAAGUAGAUUUCAUACUUAUUCAAAUAAUUUAUUCUGACGUAAAUAUCCAUCAGGAAAGUCACUUUGAAAAGCUUCAUUGUCGUGAUUCAAAUGCUGGUAAUGAAGAUCUAUUUUUGUCCAUCAAGGGUAACAUACUUAAUAGUAUAUCUUCUGACACAGUUGAAUGGCGCAGAUCUUAUAGUCGACCUGUCAAAUCAGUGAGACUUAAAGUUUCUUUUGUACCGUUCUCUGCUGAUAAUUUGUUUUCAUGUACUUAUGAAAAUUUAAUAAAGCAACCAGUAUUUCAUGUUUAUAUAAAUGAAUGCGCGGAUAUGGACGCAUAUAAACUAUCACUAAAAGAUGAUAUUGACAGUUGGCUGAAAGUUUUAAAUCAGCAUAAUAUUCAAGAUUGGAUGAUUGUUCUUGUAGAUACUUAUGACAGUAAAAAAGCUAGUAAAAUCAUACCCCGAACAACAGUUCUCGACAAAAUUCGCAAUGAUUUUGCGAUAAAACACGGAGAUAGAUGCUUGUCUGUUUUAAAUCCAACAAAAUUUGAAUCACGUUCAGCUGAAUCUUGGAAAGGAUUUAUAUCGAGAAUUCAGCACUUCCUACUAGUUGCUUAUGAUAGACAACUUAUAAAUUUUCAAGAAAUUAUCAGAGAACAAAGAGAAUGCCGAAAUAAAAAAAACUGGAGUUUUUGUAAAUACUUUAUUCUUCAGGAAAAACUUGCCUUUAUUUUGGAAAUGUUAGGCAUAUACGAUGAAGCUUUAGUGCAGUAUGACGAACUUGACGCGUUAUUUACUCAAUUUAUUCUUAACUGUGAUGUUGGAGAGCUUGAAACUUAA